AUGAAGCAGAUAAGAGAAGAUAUUCAGACUGGGAAGAAUGUGAGAAAGCGAAUCAAAGGUGGUUUCACCGAAGACAAACACACUUGUGUGGCAACGGAAAAGAAUGCAGGUGACCAUGCAGACAACAAAUGUGAGCUACAUACGGUUGAGACAGGGCCUGUUAAAGGAAAAAGAGGAGUGUGCAACCAGAGAGUGGAAACGAAAGAGCCCCGACAUAGGGGCCCUGACGAAGAUAAUGUGCGAAACAAUGCAAACAUUGGCGAUGACGGAUGCGAAGACAAAUACAAAACCCACUCCGCCCCCGACAACGUCGAUUGUAAAGUAGCGGCAGGAGAUUCUGUGGUUACCGAGGAAGAGGUUACGGGUGACAUAAAGGCAAGAGCAGCUCCUAUGGUUACCGAUGAUACACCCAGACACAAAAAGACAGCCCAACGGCAGGACACCAUGGACGCGAGGGCUGAAGAAGAGACCGAAAAGGGAAAUGAGCACACUCAACCAGAACAUAUGUACACGAUUAACAAACAAGAAACGGACGGAGGAAACACAGGAGCAGCGCACAUGACGCAGAUCUUCAAAGAAAUGCAGCAACAGUGGCAGAAUGCAGGCUUGCAGGUUGAGGUGGGCGUUGACGUUCUCGCGAUGCCAGGCUUUUCCAGAGUUUUCGAGAGCAACGACGGAAACAAAGAUAGAGGGGUUUCGGCAGCAGACAAACCCAGGAAGAACCACUUUCUCAGGACGGCUCCUCCAGUAUCCGAGCACAACACCGCCUCUUUCUCAGCUUCAUCUGCUUGUAAGUCUCGUUGCGUUCGACAGGGAGAAGUAGACCCGAAUGAAGAAGUGAAAAUAGAACAAGAAUGGGAAAAGCAAGGAAGGAGCAGGAGAGAAUACUGUCUACUAGAAACACGGGAGAGUCAAAGUACUCGGGAGCACGAGCAGUGCUGGCAGCAGGACCAGUCUGAAGACGACUAUGUUAGCAAAAGCUCCACUGACGGAGGGAACGAGAAGAACAAGGAUGCAGACGUGAGGGAGGAAUUCAUCGACGAAACGGGACGACGGGACUUUGCACGACCGCUGGACGCAUUCGAGACCUUUUUUGAUUUGGCGACUUGCUCUUCAAGAUCUUCGGGACACCAAGGAGAAAUUCAGAAACAAGGACGUUGCUGUGGCACAGUUCAGAGAGCGCGAGAGAGAGGUCGUCAGCUGAGUAACAGAUUCCACACCCGCUUCGAGAAGUCGUUGCAUCCUGUUCGAUGUCGCGUCCAUCCCUGGCAAGCACAUCCUCUGUCGGUCGCAGAAAAAGUAUUGUAUAUGAGAAAAGGUAUGACCCCAUCCCGCUUCUUAUCCACUCGCUGGGCGUGGCCGCGCUCGUCGAUUCCUUGUCCCAUUUUCGGAAGCGUUCCUGAUCCCCUUUUGGCGUCUUCUUCAGCGUGUUUCCGGAUGCCUCUAUCGUCAGCAGACAACCGGCAUUCCCAUGUACCUGGAAGCCUUGCCAUGGAGUCGCCGCUUGUCCUUGCCAUCCGACAUAUUGAAGUGCCAUCGGCUCAGUCCGCUUCUGGCCAUGCAGAACCUUCGUUCGCGCUUGACGAUUUGGAACACAGAAUGGGGUUGCUAUCCUACACAGUGGAUGCUGGUACGGUUGCGGCUACAUCGUAUUGCGGAUGGGUCGCCGAUGAUCCUUCGAGGCUUUCAGGUUUUUUAACUUUGCAGGAGCGGGGAGGGCCUCCGACAGCACGAACGUUGGCGAGCUCAUCCUGCACGUCUGUCCCUCUUCAGUUAAAUAAUUGUUGUAGCUUGGCCAUAAACAGUAGUUUUCUUGCGGAAACACUGUCUCCGUCCCUCCUUGGUAAUCACACGGUAGCCAGUUCCACGAUGUCUAAGCUAUUUAACAGUCGUCACCCGCUCUCGCCCCCCCCAGAGUACGAGUCCACUCAGGAAGUGCUGGAGGUUGACCCAAAAGGAACGAGAAGGGAAGUAGCGGAGACAGGAAACACUUCCGAAAAACAGCAAAGGCAGGAUAGGGAUAAGAUACAGUCCUCCGCCUCCAACGUCCUUGAGCACGACAAAGGGCGAUCACCGCGACUUAAUAUUGUCACAGAGAAAAUGACAAUGAGAACACUCUCAGACUGCACGUUUUCCUGCCUCUCUCUGUCGCCUUCGGCGUCUUGCUGUCUCUCGGGUAGUGAACCUACACACUUCCAGAGCGACGGCAAGUGGAAAGAAUCCGCUUCCGCUGUCACAGAGCUUCCGCGACGACAAAGGAGAGAUUCAUUCGUCGAGAAGAGAAAGGAUAUGCGAGAACAAGGAGUGCAGACGGAGAUAUCUGCCGAAUGUCAUGGUGUAAAGAAAACAAAUGUCGGGUACUCCGACGAAGGCCGCGGUCAGUCGCCACUUUCCACUCGGGCGCGAGUGUUAUUGAAAAGAUGGAGAAGAAACUCUUUAAGAAAGCAGCGACAUUUUCUUGCUCUUCUUGUUGGAUCUGGAAGGACACUAGCCUCGUCCUCACGGAAUGGAACACAUACAUACGCGGCUCAGAGUGCCCAUAUCAUUUCGACUGAGGUGUGCAAUCAAGCGCUGGCCAGGGUGGAAGCAGGUAUCGGGAAGCGCGGAGAGAACAAGAGAAACAAAGGUGCCACCAAGAAAGAAGCGCAGGAACAGUCCGCCGCUGGCUGCCAAACAACGAUGAGUGCUCCUAAGGCACAGGCGUCAGCCUCUAUAAUCAUCCGUUUGGCUUCCCAGUCGAUGCCAACCGAUGCCGAAAAUACGUCGUUUACUCUUCAGGGAGGAAGCGUCGGAAUGGGCCUUGGGGGAAGAGAAAGGGGAAACCGAGGAUUGUGUUCUAAUCCACAGAUGCGUGGGACAGCAGGGAGGAAAGACGUUUCACCUGCAGGCUUCCCAAGCCAACACGUACCGAAGAACGUCGAAAGCGAUAGAGAGGAGGACUUUGAACAGGGAUGGGCGACAAUCGGGUUUGGAGAGGCUUUCUGGGAGAGCAGUAGCAGAGCAAUGGAUCCGGGUCCUGCUUCACAGGUAGGGAACGCAAAGACCAGUGGAGGGAGUGUGCCUCUUCCACAUUUUAGUGCAUUGUCCAUCAAAUGUUCUCCGCCUGCCUCCCAGCGUCCAUGCAGCGCAUAUGCUUCCAUCCUUUCUUCUCUCGUUGUUCGCGCGGAUGUCGAAGAGGACAGCAACAUUUACACCAAAGAGGACCAUGAAAGUGAAAUUCCAACGAAGAAUAAUGACGAGAACAAAACAAAUGAUGCGACCUCGAAGCCGGGCACAGGACGAGCGAGAGGAAGGCCAAGGAAGGGCCAAGCCCAAGCCAACUACACAGGAAACAGCGGGUGCAGAACACAGCCGGAAUUCGGUGGAAGUACUGGUGUUUUUAGACCGACUCCUGCUACGAAGACGGACAUGACGGUGGAAGCAGAGGGACAACUCGAAAACACGAAGAAGAAGUGCACUGCUGAACGGCGAAGAACGAAACGUUCGGCGAGGGCCCGGGAGAUAGAAGCUGCAAGAGGUCUGGCGGGAGAUGAAAAACGCGCCACCAAGGAAGAACAUGGCGAAACGCGCAGCCUGAAGGCACGUGUCAGAAAAGUGGAGCGCAAACUUUUAGGCUUCAGUUCCGUGUCCCCAUCUUUCGUUUCCCGUGCCCGCCGUCAGCACUAUCCUUACUCCGCCCUUUCAUGCUCUUCUCUCUUCUCUGAGUCUUCCUCGAGGACGGCUUUUCCACCGCGCCUAGAAUAUCGAUUUGGGUCAGAACGGAAGCAUGCCAGGGAGCCUCGCUUGCACAACCGAUCGCAGGAGAGAGAGCUAGUCAGGCCUACCCAGGCUGAGCAGGGUGACGGUCACGGUGAUCCGUUCCAGGGGUCUGCGAAAUGGGGGACCAAAGGAAACAGAUGUCUUUCGGCACCUCAGCGAGAAGAGCGGCACUCAGACAAACUUAACAGGAGUACAGGAAAUUGUGUUGCUCUGAAAAGUGACGCUGAGGCAUUCUCGUUGAAGGCACCGUCUUCUUCGGGCUCUGACUUUCGAGCUGCAGUUUCGCGCUCGGUUUGGGGGGCGCCGAGUAUUGUAUAUGGCGAGAGUAGACCAGCAGAUGAGGGCCAAGAAGACCGGCAUCUCCACUCGGGUGUCCAUGAAGUCCAUCUAGGCAACUCUUUAAUGGAAAGAAUAACUCUUAACAUGAUGGACGACUCAACAGGAAAGGUGCCAUGCGACCAGCCAGUGUUUAUGAAUAAGCACAAUGUACAAGAUGUAAUUCAGGAAACAUCAGUGUUGCCUAAAAAUGAACAUAUCCCCAUGAAGGAAGAACCGGACUUUUUAUCUGCAGAAAAUGCCCCCUGCAACCAUGGAAACAGCUGGUAUCAGAACACAGUGGUUCCCUCAAACAGGGAGCGGUGUCUGUUUUUAACGUCACCGCCUCUGUGCCUCCCUACGUUUCUUCCAUUUUCACCCAUACUUCAGGGGAGUGGAGGUUUCGUGGGAAAUGACGCAAGCAUACGCAUGUCACAAAAUCAAGAAAAAGAAUGGUAUGAAGCAACAGCGAAACAAGAAAUGAACGUUGAAGACGAUCUCAGGUUGUUUCGUGCCUUCUUGAAAACCCCUCUUCAGCACCCGAAGGAGCUGCUCGUCCUUCCGAAAAACUUGGUCCGUCCGUUAGUCUUCCUCGGGUUUCUCGACGAGAACCAAACUGAAAGACCGAAAGAGGAAGGGACCCCAAUGAUGAUGAAUGCGACCUCUUCAGCUUCACCGUCAAAUCGUCUGCCUUACAAUAUUCCACCUGGUGAAGAGGACGUCUCUUACAGUCGUUCCACGUCCAGUGGAGAGCGAACAGCAGCCUCUUCUUCCGAUAGUUUGACGGGCUUGCUGGAGCUCUGGCUCGAAGAGGGAGAUAAGAUCGCGAGAGAAAACGCCCCUCCAAAACAACCGACAGUGUCUCCAGCGUCGUCCUCUAUUCGUUCGUCGGCGACCACAUAUGGGAGUCAUACAAGAAAUAGACAAGAGCCACGCGAGCUCUUCUGCCCCGCCAAGCAAGAAGAACAAAACUGGUUGAAGACAUGGCAUCAGAAAGAAGGGAUGCAACACUGGGAGGGAGAAAAACUGUUCACAGAUCCGGGAAUUGCAGUGCAAGGGAAGAAUGCAGAAGCCGAAGGGCGUGACCAAGAGGAAGCCGAAAAAAGCCGAGGUGAUGCAACAGUGGGAUCUGAGGCGUGUGGCCCUGCUGUGGUUGCAGUUGCCGUGGUUAACGUGGGCAGCAUUGUAUCCGUUACACACAAGAACCAAAGAGGACACGAGGUAAUGGAGAGACACAUGCCACAAGAGGAAGAAGCACAGAUGGUCGAAUCCGUCUUUUCACCAUCGUACUGUUCUACUCCCUCACGCGGGCCUUCCGUUUCCAUGGCUCAUGCAACAGAAAUGGAGACAGCAAAUGACAUGAGCAUACGCGCGCGGCAGCCCUCCAUCUUCCCUCAACCAAGAGAGGAUGACGUAUACUCCCCUCCACCCGGCGCUGAAGAGCCGACUACUAGUUUUGCUCCUUCUUCUUCUCCUACGCGACAACGAGAAUGGCAAGGGAAAUUUUCGAACCGAACAUCACGUAGAUUUGCGCUAGACGGGGGGGAGACAGAUACAAGAAUUCCACCGCGUAGUUCCAGAUUUCCUUCCAGUGCAAACGCUAUCCACGCUGCGGCUGACAGAGAACUACAGCUCAAGCAGAGCUUGUCUAAGGUAGCGGAAGAAGCGACGAAACUCGCGGCUCAGUUCGAACGCAUGGACAGACUUUGUUUCGCUUUAGAGGGGCUCGAGACGGACAGGGAGGAAAGGCGGUUCAGAAUGAGCUCUCUUGAAAAGGCUGCGUUGAGGCCACAGGUGCGGAAAGUACAGUGCAGCGCUCAGUUCCAGUCAAGACAGAAAUCAUUCUCGAGUGAGGAAAUGAGCUCCGAAGACGAGAUCUCGUGGCAAUGGAAAGUGGAACGCCGAAGAGGAAGAUUCUUUCGCACGAAAGGGAAGGUCUUCUUCUCUUGUUUCCAUCCUGCGCAAUGGCGCGAAUACAUCCUGAACAAAAUGGACGUGGGAAGAGAUAGUCACUGGGAUUUAAACGCCGACAACUGGAGUUCGCCCAAAUCGUUCUCUCAACCGAACUUUCGCCAGCGAGCCAAGGACUUCUUAUACUGUCACCUGUGUUUGUGAGAGGAGCCAGACAAGCCGGAGCGCAGCUCCGUGUUCAGCGUCGUUUCCGUCUCUGUAUCUACUUCGAUACCUUGACCUGGUUCAUGCCUGUGAGAUCGAAGUAGCCGAUUUGGUGUCUGUCGUGCGAUAGUGGCUGUUCGCGACGUAAUGCGCCUACUAAUUAUCUUGCUCUCGAUUUUGUGUGUGGGGAAAAAAGGGGGACACAUCUUCCAAAUUGUUCUCCACGCUGAAAUCCCGCUACUGAGGAUGAAUCACCACGAAGAAAAACACUGUGUACGUGUAAUACCAGCCGACUGGGUGCUUCUCUGUUUACCAAGGG